CGCAGGUUCAGAGGGCACCAAAGAGAGGCCCCCUCUACCCCCCGACCCAAGCCUGGACAUCCCCUGUACAAGAACUACAUGAAACAGGACGUCCUGGUUCUGUUGGAGAAGACAGACUCCGCCCACGAUGACUGUCUCCUGGGGGAGGAGUCAGGUCGGGUUCAAGGGUCACACAUUACUGUCACCACCCCUCUGCCUGACCAAUCACAGCCUCCCGACGACCAACACAACCAAUCGGAUCCCGCAUCGGAUGACAAGAGCCAAUUGAAGCCUCCCUCUGAAUACAAGAGCCAAUCAGAACCUCCGUCCAUCCUCCCAUCUCAGACCAGUGUAGAGAAGACCCAGCAGGUUACAGCACCUGUCAGCGGUCCGAGAUGUGUGGCGCGGUUCGACUACGAGGGUGAGGAGGAAGACGAGCUGACCUUCUCCGAGGGUGACGUCAUCGCUCUGACGGAGGUGAUUGAUCAGGAGUGGGGGCGGGGUCAGAUCCACGGGCGAAUAGGAAUCUUCCCCUUGGCCUUCACCGAGAUCCUGGAGGAACCGCCCCCGUCGGCAGGGUUACAGCCCGUUGUCGUGACAACUGAAUCCUCAGACGUUCCAGACCAGUGGGUUGUGGCUCUUCAUGACUUCUCGGGUCAGACUGCAGAGGAUCUGUGGUUCCAGCAGGGGGCGUUGAUUAGAGUAACACAGCGUGUGGACGAGACUGGACCAGAGGAACACUGGACGGACGGGAGGGACUGUUCCCCACUACCUUCACACACCUGUAACACAGCUCAGCCAAUGACGGGCCAGCCUGUGGCCAGGGGCGUGGCCAAGGUCCUGUUUGAUUUCAGUGGAGAGAGCGAAGAUGAGCUCUCACUGAAGGCAGGGGAGGUAGUAACAGGGGUGGUGACAGUAGAUGAGGAGUGGUAUCUGGGGGAUGCAGGAGGGAGGCGAGGCCUGGUCCCCAAAAACUAUCUGAAACUGCUUCCUGACAGCUGCAAAUAGGACUAUGUACACUAUGUGAUAGAUAUAUAUAAACUACAUUGCCAUACGUAUGUGGACAGCCCUUCAAAUUAGUGGAUUUGUCUCUUUCAGCCACACCCGUUGCUGACAGGUGUAUAAAAUCGAUGCACACAGCCAUGCAAUCUCCAUAGACAAACAUUGGCAGUAGAAUGGCCCGUACUGAAAGAGCUCAGUGACUUUUAACGUGGCACCGUCAUAGGAUGCCACCUUUCCGACAAGUCAGUUCGUCAA